AUGAGCGGCAAGGGCGACAAGAUCGAGAAGAUCAUAUCCCGCCUACAGGCGCGGAUUGGCGAGGGACAGUUCUACGAGGCUCAGCAGCAGACCCGCGUGGUGGCGGCGCGGUACACCAAGGCGUCCAACUGGGAGGCCGCCAUCGAUAUCCUCUACAACGUCGCCCAGUCGCUACUGAAGGCAGGCCAGGGCGGCAGCGGCGGGGAUCUAUGCGUGCUACUAGUCGACACAUACAAGCAGGCCGAGCUGAAGCCAGAUCCCGCGUCGAAGAACAAGCUACUAACCUGUCUGCGCUUGUUCGACAGCGAAGAGCCCACGCGCAGGAAGUACAUAGGGGAGAUGAUAUCGUGGUCCUCUAAGUAUGGCGAAUACCCCGCGGGCGACCCCGAACUCCAUCAUGUUGUAGGCUCUCUGUACGCAGAAGAGCACGAGCCGUACGACGCGGAAAAGCACCUCAUAUUGGGCACCAAGGACUCGGCCGAAGUGCUCGCUCGCUUGGAAUACGAGUGGUUUAAGCAGGACGAAGCGCACACCGCCGCAUUAUACGCCGGUCGAGCGGUCCUACCGUACCUUCUCACUGGCAAUGUCCGAGCAGCGAAUACGUGUUACCGAACAUUUACGAGCGCCCUGAACCAGGAUAACCAAGGACAGCUCGGCAUACAAGAUGUCAGCAGCAGCACCGCCGACAUCCGAGUCUACCCUAGCAUACCUCUACUGAAUUUCCUGGGCCUCCUCCUGCUCGCCGUCCAGAGGGGCGGUGGAGAUGUGCACAAGCAGCUAUUCACCAAGUACGGGACUCUUCUCGGGGAGGUGGAGGCGUGGCAAGAGCCUCUGGAGAUGAUCGCCGAGAUGUACUUCGGGAUCCAGAGACCUCGACAAAGCAAUCCUUUAAUGGACAUGAUGAGCGGCUUCUUUGGUGGGGGCGCAUCAUCGGGUGGUGGUGCCAAAAGACCGGCCGUCAAGGCUCCCACGUCGAUGCCGGCAGCAGAGGGAUUAGAUUAGGACCGGCCUCGGACGCGGCAUAGCAAUGAAGGGCCAAACCUCUCGGGUGAUUAAAAUGUCCAACAUCACAGCCAUUCAUGGCCAUCUUUUUUCACCCGUGCCUCUGUUUUUCUUCAUUGUGCUCGUAAUUGCUCCUCUUCGGGCUCGUACAUCCAGUUAUCUUCGGCUAGCGCGGCUACUUUUGCUCUCAUGCUGGCUCGGAGGGCCUCGAGAACCUCUUCUUCUCGAGUUAGCAAGAAUUCAUAUCUUUACGCGUGCGAUCCUACCUUCGGGUUGGGCCGGUGCACGGUUGUGGUUGAUCUGGUGGUGCUUGACGGCCUCGGCCAGCUUCUGCCUCUCGCCUAUAAGAUGAAUGGGC